AUGACUUCUAAAGUUAGUAGACUAUCAUCGCUUGUUAUUAACUCGAAUCCUGUAUAUCUGAAAAGCGAGAGUCGCAUUGUUUACUCCUCUGACAAGUUUGUUGUUGUUCUUGAUGCACGCACGGGAGUCUCUCAGUUCUUACACGGACAUAGAGACUCAGUGGUUUGGAUUGUCCCUGGAAUUGACAAACCCCAUCAUGUGAUUUCUGGCGGUCUAGAUGGAAAGCUAAUCGUUUGGGAUACUAAGACAUUUGAGAAGGUCCAGAUUUUGAAUACCAGGUUCCCAAUAGACUUCUGCUUUCCUACUGCAACUGGCUACAUUUUUAGCCAUACUUGCAAAAACAAACAUGUCGUGAAGUCAUAUGACCGCUCUACAGGAAGUUAUGUAGACUACGUAGAAUUCCCUCAGAAUGCUAUUAUGGCGUAUAAAGAUUCUGAUUUUGUAGCAUGUAUAGUCGACUCCAUCCUUAUCGUAUACUGGAUUAACUUAAAUGUCUCAGUGAGGUAUUCGGUUCCUAAUAAUGAAAAGCAUUCAGAACAAAAGAAUUACACAUGCGUCGCAGCACAUCCAAACGACUGCAUCGUUGCUACAGGAAAUGGUCUUGGUGAAAUAUUCAUUUGGUGGAAUUUAUGUGCUCAAACUGAUGAUCAUUUAAACAUGCUAAACCCUGUUUCUGACGAAUGGACUGGAAAUGAAAAUUGCGCAGAAAAUGAUGCUUUCGAUGAUGUCAAAAAAGCUAUCAAAGAACAUUUGGCGGAAGGUCGUUUAUUCACUUAUUACCCAGUUCAUCCUUCUCAUGUUAAAAGGUCCUUACUUCAUUGGCAUUCUGUACAAGUGACAAGUCUUUGCUUUACGUCAUGCGGCACUCAUCUUCUCUCUGGUGGUUUGGAAGGUGUGUUGGUCAAAUGGGAUGUAACUGACUGUUUUGGAGGUCCACAACAGCGUCGUUUUCUACCUCAUUUUGGCUAUCCAGUAUCUUCUGUUCGAAGUCAUGGUGGUUCAUGUGAAGAUAUGAUAUCUGUCAAUUUGGAGAAUAAUUCAUUUCAUAUUAUGGAUGGAGCUUUUACAAUAAUCUACUCAAAACAAGGUUUUAUGCAAUUACCUAAACACUGGUUUCCAAUUCCUGUUACAUUAACGAUGCCCGGAAAUUUAAUGACUUUACAAAGUAAACUUCCACAUAGAGAUGAUGAAUUGUCUUCGACUUAUCUCUUGACAAAUGGUGGCUGUGGCAAAAUACAACUAAUGAAUGUACAUGACCGUGAACAUUGUGUUCAAACGAUUGAUAUUACUCACCAAAAUCUUGUUGUCAGAAGUACGGAUUCAAAACAUCCAAUUAUACAUGCUGAAGUAUUACUAAUGGCCCAGUUGUGCACUGAUGUUUCAUUUACAUGGUUUGUGACUUAUGAAUGUGUAAAAAAGUUAGCUGAUCAUGAACAAGGAUUACCAAUUGAUGAUCAGUCACGUUUAACUUGGUGGCAGUGCCAUGAAUCAGAAAAAGAGAAUGAGAAUAAAGAUCUGUCUUCAUCAUCAGUCGAUGGAAUACAUGAUUUUGUUAAAUUCACUUCAGUGGAUACUUAUUCCAUGUCACAUUUUGGUUGUCCUGCUGUUAAUAUGGAGUUUGUUCCAUCUGAGAAAAAUCAAUUAUAUGUUCUAUUAAUGGAUUAUCGACUGAUGAUAUGGAAUUAUAAUAUUGAAUACACGAAAGAUCCCAUAUACUCGCCAUGGAUUCCAGCUUCAUGUCAUCUUUUAUCGUAUUGUAAUCAAAACCCUUCGAUCCCACCACCUGGCUCUCUAAUUAUUCCCUUCAAUGUACAAUCUAAUGUAAAUCAAUUCAGUACAUCGACAAGUUUUUUAGUGUAUUCUGGUCUUAAUCUGACUCUUUUGAACUGGAAUCAAAUUUUACUCGAAAGCAAUCCAAAAGUUGCUGCCAGCAUUUGUCUACGAGAUAAUCUAUUGAGUCUGUGGCCAGAUUCAAAGAAGAAUAAUAUUGAUAAAUGUGUUAUUGUCUCUUAUACGGAUAAUGACGAUGAUAAUGUUACACGUUACCUGGCUAUCACGGUUCGUGGUCACGCUCCUAGAUCAGCGAGUGAGCGUACUUCACUUGGAGCUUUGUGCCUGUUACAAUGUACAUCUUCCAGUGUUGAAAUGAUGUCAGUUGUUCCAGAUGUACUAGCGACGUGUUUAACUUCACAUCCGAGUAAACCUUGGUUAGCUGUGGGAUUGAAGGAUGGGACAGUUACCAUUUAUGAAGUUCAAUUGAAUUCAAAUAUAAAAUUGAAUAUCAUACAAACAUUGGGAAAUCUUGUUUCUCAACCAUUAUGUGAUCGAAUACAUAAAAGUGGAGUAAAGAAUAAACAUAAACAAUCAAAUGGAACAAUGUUUGUUUCACUUUGUUUUAUUCCAUUGAAUAAUGAUAUAAUGAUAAAAUCAAUUAAUGAUAAUCAUAAUCAUGUUCAAUUGAUUGGAUUAAUGAAAACAUUAAUUGGAAGAGAGACAGGACGAUAUGAUUUAGUUUAUUAUGGAACACGUAAACAAAUACAGAAAAGCCUAAAGGAGACUACCGGGUUAAAUAUACCACCGAAACAACGAAGCUUACUACAAUUGGUUGAUACAGCAGCUCCUGUGAAAUUCGAUAAUCAUAUACGAGCAAAUAAACGAAAAUUAAAUUCUGAUAUUCAAUUGGAAAAUACUUUAAAACAAAUAAGUGAAUAUCCUAUUUAUACAGCUCCACCACCUGAUCAACUAUUACACCAACUUAUGCGAAAACACUGA